GGCGCGGCGCGGCGGCGGUUGAUUCGGAGCGCCCCGUCGUGCGUCCGCGCUUCGCCGAGGCUGCGGGAGAUGGUCCGGUCCGGCGCCCGACCCGGCCAGGUGUUGUCUUCUGGAAAGCAUACUGGACCUGGUAAAUUGGGAAAUGGAAAGAAAGGGAUCCGUUUAAGAAAGGUAGCUCGUCUCGAGGCUGACUCCGGCUGUCCCACCCAUUCUGAUUCAGAAAAUCAGAGUGAAGCUCUCCAUGGGCUUGAUAGGUGUGCUGCUUUGCUGAGGGACAUUUUAAGAAAGGAUGAUUCAGGUCCAGAAAUAGCAUAUUCUGAAAACAGAAGUAACCCCAGACUUUUCGAAGGCAAAAGAUAUGGGCCUAAAAGGAAAGGGCAUGAAAAAUGUACUGUUCCUUUAGUCCGGAAAGAAAAUGAAACUCAGGCAACUCCACGGUCUUGCUCUGGCUUGUCCACCACUGCCUCAGUCUGGUUCCCUCAGCAGCCGCCCUGCCCUCAGAUGGUCCACACUGAAGUUCAGACUGAUGAUGACAACCCUUUUUCAUCACAAACUAAAACGCUCUCUGUGAACUCUACUGAUAUUCUGAGAAAUUCCUUCAAUUCUAGCCUUGGAGUUCCAUGUAGAUUUCCUGCAGUGGACAAACCAGCCAUUCGUGCGUUUACUAAUGGUACUCUGCCUCAGGAAGAGAUUCCCAGGGAACCAGAUCUACUAAAGUGUUUCCAAACAUACAUUAAUCUGUUACGUUCACGUGGAAAAGAGAGCCAACCAGAUAAUCAGACACCAGGAAGCCCUACUCUGUCACAACCAACUUUCUUGGCUGCUGAGGAAGAAAAAAGUGCCAGAGAGAAACUUGGAGAGAUAACAAGUGAGGGAAAGGAUUUAAACACACAUAGGCAAGAUUCGAGAAUGAAGGAUUUGCAGAAGGCAAAGAACGUGAACCAGUGCGCUGAAGAAAUCAGAACUGUAAAAUAUCUGUUGGGAGAGCUCAAGGCCCUGGGAGUAGAACACGGGGAUACAGAAAUUCAGAGACUGAUUACAGAAUUGGAGGCAUGUAUGUCUCUGCUUCCAGCAAUGCAUGAAAACAAAAGUAGUAUUCAAGUUGAAAUAGCACUGGCUGUACAACCAUUGAGAAGUGAAAAUGCUCGGUUACGCAGGCAACUAAGAAUUUUGAACCAGCAACUUAAAGAACAAGAAGAAACUCAAAAGGCAUCAGGUUCUUUGGAUUCCAACCUUGAAUUGUUUUCUCUUCAGUCAUUGAACAACUCACUGCAAAAUCAAUUAGAAGAGUCACUGAAGAGUCAGGAAUUACUACAGAAUAAAAAUGAAGAGCUUUUAAAAGUGAUUGAAAACCAGAAAGAUGAAAACAGAAAGAUUUCUGGUUUAUUUAAAGAAAAAGAUCAUAUGUUACUCGAAAAUAAACAGCAAUUUGACAUUGAGAUGACAAGAAUGAAAAUUGAAUUGGAGGAAGCCUUAGUCAAUACGAAAAGCUCACAGUUUAAGUUAGAAGCCAUGGAAAAGGAAAACCAGAUACUGGGGAUAACUCUGAGGCAGCGUGAUGCUGAAGUGACUCGACUGAGAGAAUUAACCAGAACUUUACAGAGCAGCAUGGCAAAGCUUCUCGCAGACCUCAGUACCGACCACACUCGCUGCAAGCCGGGGAACAACCUGACCAAAUCGCUCCUGGACAUCUAUGAUAAGCAGCUGCAGCACGACCCGGUCCCCCCGCACACCUCUGUGAUGAGCUACCUAACCAGGCUGGAGGCGGGCACCCUGCGGCCCCCGGCCCCCGGGGAGGUCCCCGGCCCGCCCUUCGCAGCCGUCCUGGCCGAGGCCUUGGCCUCACCGCCCAGCAGCACCGGGAGCGGGAGCGCGGGGGGCCUGUCCCCGCAGGGGCUGGCCUCCCUGCCGUCCCCGGAGAGGCCCGAGGACGUGGCGGCCGUCCUGGGAGCCCAGUGCCCCGUGGACAGUACCGUUUACGUGCCCUUCGCCAGAAGCACGCCCAGGAGGUCGCUGGCCGCGCGCGCGUCCCCGCAGCCCCGCGCGCGCCCGGACAGCGGCGGCCGCGGGGAAGGGACGGGCGUGGACGCCGCCGGGCAGCAGGCGGGGCCGUGUCGGGAGGACAAGAAGCUCCUGAGGGCCAUCCGGGAAGCGCUGGGCCAGGUGCCCGGCGCCCCGGAGAGGAGCGGCGGGCGCUCGGAUGCCAGCGGCUUCGCCUCCGACGUGCGCUCGGACUGGAGCGUCUCCUCCUUCUCCACCUUCACGUCGCGCGACGAGCGGGACUUUCGCGCCGGCCUGGCCGCGCUGGACGCCAGCAUCGCCAGGCUGCAGCAGUCCCUGCAGGGGGGCAUCCCGGAGAGACGAGCCCAGCACGACCCGGCCCCCGCGGCCCCGUAG